GGCAGCAUCGCUGGGCGGACUGGGCGCGCGUCUCUCGGCGCGGGGUUGGGCCUGCAUAUCGGCUCUCCGGGCUUUCCAAGCAGCAUCUCCGCCACCCCCGGCCCCGCCGAGGCCUUGAAAAGGAGCGGUUUUUACGCGGAGAGGCGGAAUUGUGGCCGCUGCGAUAACAGCGAGCCACUUGCCUUGGCUCCCGUCUGAGGUAGUGCCUGAGAGGCACUGGAGCGCGUUGUUGAAUGCGCACGGCGGGGGCGGGGGGCGGACAUACGGUGGGGCCAACGCAGGGGCAGAAGGCUGGGAAGGGAAAGCAGCCGAGAGCCCGGCUCUUCUCACGAUGCUGAAGUAGCGGGUGAGGAAGGAAGGGAGCUGCGGUUUUCCAGCGGGCAGGAACAGCUUCUGAAGGUGCUCGUUAGCAGGCCUCGAGUCAGAGCGAUUAGUGGAUGUUCAUCCUGUUUGGCUAAGAAGCUCGGAGAGUCCUCAGCGCUAUUCGCAGGGUGUAACUCUCCUUGGGCAUAGCCAGUUUUCUAAUUGUUUAAGAAAAGAAGAUCACUAGCUAACAUGGCAGAGAUACUGGAGAGUGGAAAGAUAAAAAGAAAAGAUGAAGAAGCUGAUAUUACAACUUCUGAACACUUAAAAGCUGAUUCCUCUGUCACUGGAAAUGAUGAUAAAGCUUCAGGUAAAACAUAUUGUGAUGAAGGUCAAAUGGGAGUUGGGACUGCUCAUGAUAACAGAAGAAAAAGGAAGAUUUGUGAGCCUGAAACUGGAAUUCCAGAGAAGAAAAUGCAUACUGAAGCUGUAGCAGCACAUUAUAAUAAGCUUGAAGAAGUUGGAUUGAAACAACGUAGUCUGAGUCGCAUUUUCCAUCUCCGAAAUUUUAACAACUGGAUCAAAAGUGUGCUCAUUGGUGAAUUCCUUUGCAAGGUACGGCAGAGAAAGCAAAACAUUAAUGUUUUAGACUUGGGAUGUGGCAAAGGUGGAGACUUACUGAAAUGGAGAAAAGGCAGAAUCAGUAAGCUUGUGUGCACAGAUAUUGCUGAAAUUUCCCUACAACAGUGUGAACAACGGUACCAAGAAAUGAGAUACCGUGGCCAUCAAAAUGAACAAAUUUUUGGUGUAGAAUUUAUAGCUGCUGACAGUACCAAGGAACUUCUGUCUAAAAGGUACAAGGAUGAAAAGAUGUACUUUGACAUUUGCAGUUGUCAAUUUGUGUAUCAUUAUUCAUUUGAGACAUAUGAGCAAGCUGAUAUGAUGCUUAAAAAUGCUUGUGAACAACUUUGCCCUGGAGGAUAUUUCAUUGGCACAACUCCAGAUAGCUAUGAACUUGUAAAGCGCUUUGAAGCUUCAGAUACAGACUCGUUUGGGAAUGAAAUAUACAAAAUAAAGUUUCAAACGAAAAAGGGAGAAUAUCCUUUGUUUGGAUGCCAGUAUGAUUUUUACUUGGAUGGAGUGGUAAAUGUUCCAGAAUUCCUUGUCUACUUCCCAUUGCUUGUAGAAAUGGCAAAGAAGUAUGGCAUGAAACUAAUCUACAAAAAGACUUUCCUGGAAUUUUAUGAAGACAAGAUUAAGAAUGAAGAACACAAAAUGCUUUUACAACAAAUGCGGGCAUUGGAGAAAUAUCCUGCUGAUUCAAAUUCUGGAUUAGUCUCAGAUAAAAAAGAAGACUAUGAACAUGUAGAAAUACUUAAGAAUAAUGGAAAAUUAAAGCUACCUCUUGGUACCUUGAGUAAAUCUGAAUGGGAAGCAACAAGCAUAUACAUGAUCUUUGCAUUUGAAAAGCAACAGUAAAAAAAAAAGGUCCAGAAAGAGAGUUGAAGUGAUCUAGCAUCUAAAACGACUGCUGUUUUAUAUUUUUAUGUUUAAGAAUGUGCAGAACACAACCAAAUUGAGCAAGCUUACUUAUGAGUUAUGGUUGUCUGUCUGUGACAGCUGGAAUAUUUCUGUUUGUGUUUGAAUUUACACAUGAAAUAGGAAUUGGAAUUCUUCUGAUGUUUGGGUUCUCAUUUUUAACAAAGAAUUUUCUGAAAUACUCAGGGUAUUUUCAGAUACACAUUUGCCACUUAAUCAGCUUAAAAAACAUCAUGGCAGCUAUUGCAGUUGAUGAUCUAUCAUAAUGUAAUUUCCAACCUUGUGGUAUUGCAGUUGAUGAUCCAUCAUAAUGUAAUUUCCAACCUUGUGGUAUUGCAAGUGUUGCCAAGCUUGAAAUGCAAGGAAUUUGGGUAAUUAAAGAGUCAGAGGCUACAGAUAAUCAGCUCUAAAUGUUGUUGGAGUUGAACCAAAAUUUUUGAAGUGGUCUUCUUGCGGCAAAUCUUAAUUUGGAAUUACCCGUUGUGAGAUAUUGAACUGUAUAAAGUUGUAAACAAAUUUGUACGUGUUGAAAUAAAUUGAGAUUGGAUCUGGUAUCCACAGCAAUCAAUUCAUAAAGCGCUUUCUGUCUGUUUGGAGUUAUGUCAGUGGGUGUCUCCUUGCAGAGAAGAAUCCUUUGUCAAGUAAUUUAAGUAAAUGCACGUGAGAGUUCUUUGUGCAUUAGGAUGCUAGACAUCAUUCAUUGCUUGGGCUUUUUAUCUCCAUUCUACAGUGCAGUAUUUUCACUGUUAAUAAUAUGCAGUUGGUAUGUGGAAUGGAAAAUACUUCAGAGAAAUAUUAAUUUGUUCUCACCAGUGUGUAACUUUUCAUAGUAUGUGAUCAGGAUUAAAUAGAUUUCUGUACAGCU